AUGAGUAAGGGAUUUUUCGUCAUUAUGUUACAAGAUGUUGAAACUAAAGAGAGGAUUCGUCAAAAAAAGUGGUAUGUAAACCAACAUGAGCUCAAACUCAUGGAUUGGUAUCCUGGUUUUGAUCCAGAACGCCAGAAAACUUCCCAUGCAAACGUAUGGGCACACUUUCCUGGUUUUCAUGCAGAGCUAUUGAAUGAAAAGAAUUUGUUAUCCAUGGGAAAGGUCUUAGGUACUCCGAUUGUGGUUGAUCAGAGAACCCUAAAUCUUGAAUUUGGAAAAUUUGCGUCUGUCUUGGUUGAUGUUUAUUUUGCCAAACAUAUUCCAAGCAGAAUUAAGCUUACAGCUGGAGGUCGCACAUUCUGGCAGUAUCUUGAUAUUCCAAAAUCACCAAAAUUUUGUAUGAAGUGCAGCAUCAUCGGGCAUAAUGAUGAUGAGUGCAGGCGCCAAUCAAAGAAUGAUGAGCAAACAACCAAGGCUUACACUGCGGAUAAAGGUGACUCUUCUAAGGGCUGGCAGAAUGCAAGGAACAAGAGGCAUCGUAAGGGUAAGAACGCUGGAAACGCUAAUGUAAAUUCUGGUGAGGAGAAUGCAAACACUGGUAUGGGUGAUUUUUCCAGUGUGCCGGUUGAUGUUGGGGAGAAUGUUGUUGGCGUUGGCUGCGAAAAAGCAUUAGCUAACAGGUUGUUAGUGGGUGAAACUACAACCUCAGCUAAGUCAUUUACGAGUGGUGAAUUGGCAAGAACUAAUCACUCAAAUACUGAUAAGAACAAUGCUAGUUUUUCUUCUACUCCUGUUGAAACUGCUGGCGAAAAAGACCAUCUAGUUCAAGACAGGGUGGUUGAUAAUAUUGGGGAUACGCCAAUUUACAAUGCUUUAACUGAAACUAUAGUUGUAAUUUCGCCUAAUAAAUUCAACAUCUUGAAUGAUGAGUUGGAUUUAGAUAAUUCUGUGCAACACUCCAAUGAUCAAGAGGAGGAGAGUUCGGAUGAAGAAUUAACGCCUGAGAAAGCAGCUUCAGGUGUCAAGGGUUCUAAGUGGGAUGAGAUACCUAUGGAGCAAGUUAAACCAAAACAGACCAAGAAGCCUGAACGUGUUCGUGUUUCAAACUCUCAGCAAAGCGCUUCUCAGAGUGACUCGCAACAAAGCACUAAUGCAGAUUCCAAGUCUGAUUCGGACACUGAGGUUAAUGAACUGGGAAUCCGAGUUUGCAAGGGAUUUUCUCCAAUUAUAGAAAAAAGGGAUCCGAGUAAGAAUCCAAAAGUUAUUAAUAAACCUAAGAAGAUUGUUUCCUAA